GAGGCCCCGAGGGCGGAAGGGCCGCCGCGACCACGCCCCCUGUCGGCUGGCCUGCGCCCAACGCACGGCUCGGGGGACGCCCGCGGCCGGAUGCCCUGUGUCCGCUCCCUCCUCGGCCUCUUGGCGGCCGCGGCGGCUUGUGGCACCGUCGCCUUCCUGGGCUACUGUGUUUACCUCGACCGGAAGCGGCGCGGGGAUCCCGCGUUCAAGCGCCGCCUGCGGGAGAAAAGAAGAGCCGAGCAGCAAAAGGCUGAGGAGCGGGGCGUGCAGUUGUGGAAUCCAGUGAAGAAUGAAAAAUUGCAAGAACUUUUCUUGCAAGAGGUACAGAUGGGAGAACUUUGGUUAUCUAGAGGAGAGCAUAGAAUGGGGGUUCAGCACCUCAGCAAUGCUCUUUUAGUGUGCAGACAACCACAGGAACUUCUGAAGGUUUUCAAACACACACUCCCUCCCAAGGUAUUUGAGAUGCUGCUGCACAAAAUUCCCCUUUUUUGCCAGCAAUUUGAAGCAGACAUGAAUGAACAGAAAUGCUGGGAGGAUGAGCCUGAUUGAAAAACAUUUCAACAUUUCUACAGUCCAAUGAGAAUAUUAUAUAUAAACAACUGCUCAGUGAUAUUUCCAUUUAUUUUACUUUUAGUAAUAAAAAUUUUUCUAUCUCAUA